UUGGACCUAGCAGUCCUACAUGUGGGUAUUUGCCCUAGUGAAAUGAAAACCUAAGACCACCCAAAAACCUAUAAACAAAUGUUUAUAGCAACUUUGUGACAGCCCUAAACUGGAAAAACCCAAAUGAUCUCAAUGAGUGAAAGGAGAAAAAAAAAAAAAAUCUGCACUAGAUCUCUAGAAUAUAAUACUAUUCGGCAGGAAAGAGGAAUGAGUCAUUGAUGCACAUGGAAAAUUGGAUAGACCUGAAAGACAAGCUGAGUGAGAGAAGCCAGUCACAGAACAUUUCAUUCAGCGGGUAUCCUAGGAAACAGCAAAACCACAGUGAUGGAAAAUAGAUCAAUGGUUGCUGGGGGUUGUGGUGGGAUAAGAGUUUGAAUAGAAAGAGGUAUUUUUUAGGUGAUGAAGCUAUUAUUGUAUGUUCUGUUCGUGGCGGUGGUUACACGAAUCUAAACGUGUCAAAAUUCAACACCGGGGAAUAAGGCGGGGACUUGGUGUGGUGCUACGGUAUCUUUCGUCUUGGGUGUCUGUCGUGCCUUUUGCCCAGCUUCCAACUGCACUAUGUUGGGACAGAGCAUCUGGAGGUUCACAGCCUCUGUGGUCUGUAGGAGCCACUCUGAGGAGGGUCCAGGGGAGAAUUUGCCAUUUUCAGUGGAAAACAAGUGGUGGUUACUAAAUAUGAUGACUGUGUACUUUGGAUCUGGAUUCACUGCAACUUUGUUUAUAGUAAGACACCGACUGCUCGAGAAAUAA